CGUGGCUCCUCCGAGUGCGAAGUAACUUCUUGUUAAAACCCUCAGACUGUUGCAGACGUCGCUGAAUUUCAAAGAGAUGCAUAGAACUGAAUGAUGCGUUUGCUCGCCACGUUGAAGGGCAUGACGGCCUGCGCCGCCUUCGCCGUCCUCCUGCUGCACCAGCUCUGCACUGCGUCAGAGUGCCAUAAAUGGGCUUGUGAUGCCACAAAACUACCCGUCGUGGGUAACUCGACCAAUAAAUCGCUCGCUGACGGCGUCUUCACCUACACCUGCAAUGAAGGCUUCUCUUUCUUGUCCGGCGCUACACAGCAGAUUAGUUCGUGCAACUGUUACUCUAAAACCUGGACCGACGUCUAUGACAUCUGCAUUGAGACGUGCGCCGUUUGUUCUUGGCCGAGGCACUGCGCAGACGUGCAGGCGCUUGGAUUAAACGAGAGCGGCACCUACCAAGUGAUACCAUCGGGGGACCCAGCCGACUCUUCGGUCAACGUUGAAUGCGAUUUGGAGGCAUCUGGCGGUGGCUGGACAGUCGCCUACUGCCAGAACGCCUCGAGUUCAACAACUGUAGACUUGAAAACCGUAAUGACAUCUAGCCCCUGUCCCUACAGCAUAGGGCUGACGAACUGGCAAAAUCUGACAAAAUCAGUAAGCAGCUCCGAAGCUGCUAUCGUUAUGCACGUGGAGCUCAUUUUACGCGGAGGCGGGUCCAGGAUCGCUACGUACGACAACGUCACCAUCGGCCCCAGCCCCGACUACAAGCUUCUGUCCAUCGGCAAUUACCACGGAGACGCUGGCGACGCGCUGUGGCACAGCCUGGGUGUGGACUUCCAAUUCGAUUGGUGGACUCCGUGGAUCGCCAACAACGACACUUCGACGUGUCAACUCAUCAAAGAUAGAAAAGGAUCUUACCUGAAACACGACCCCGCCAUGACCUGCUCCAUGCAAUGGGGCUGGGUUCCUGCCAUAGCGACGGCCACGAUAUACAUUCGACCGAAGUCCAUCGAUGAAAACACCAGCUGCCCACUCAUGAUAACGGGCGACAUCGAUUCUGAUUCAUGGAAAGCCACCACUUCGGUACUGAACUUCCCGCACGAUCGUCUACCUGGGGCGAACCUCAGCUACACGUGCCUGGGGGGAGAGUUCUACUUGGAGGGAAACGACAACGGAGGCCGAACAUUUGAGGGAAGUGUGACUUGCCUGAGCGGUAACCCUCCGCGGUGGGACAGGAACAUCACCUUACCGUGUACAUUCACUUGUUCGGACGGCUUCAAAGAAAGCCAAAAAGUCGACGAGUGCUACAAGUUCACAGAAAAUCCCACAGCGACCAGCUUCCUCAACGCGGCUUACAUGUGCACAGCUCAAGGAGCCAACUUAGUGCACCUGCAGUAUGAUAACGUGAGUGACGUCCACAUCAGUUCUACACGUUGGUUCUACACAGCGCACGGUGGCCGGUACAAGUUCGACAAUCCUACAAAUGUUUCAAGCUUCUACGAUUGUCACACAAAUGCUUCAUGUGACGUUAGCAGUAGCUCUACCCGGUGUCUGUUUCUUGUACAAAAUGCAGUCGUACUGGGCCGUUGCUCUUCAGAAACCGGCUACGGUUGUAUGAAGCCGGCCGCCUGCCCUACGCAGUACACGCGUGCUGAGGGCGGCGGCAGCUGCUAUUAUAUACGCGACCAUUGGAUUGCAGCAGACGUUACUUACGGGACCUUCUUAUCUCAGCUCGCAUCCCUUCAGGAGAACUGCAGUGCGACAGGAGGAGCUCUAGCGCGCCCUACGUCACGUGGGGACCUGGAGAGUCUCGUCAUGUUUAUUCAGAAGCAAAAAGGAACUUUUCCAAUGAAUGUGUUGCUGGGACUUCCUGAGAGUGGAGCUGGCAAUUGGUCCUUCGACGCCUUCCCUCCUGAUCCUGACCUGGAGUCGCUGUUCAAAGCCACCGCAUGGGGCGUCGCGGUGCUCCAAGUUAACCAAACAAACUACGAGUUCUCCACUGGACCAACCAUCAUCCACAAAUAUGUCUGCAUGUGGCCAGGACACCUCAAGUGCCACGGCGACCUACCUCCCGCCACGCAGAACAUGUCACGCAUACAUUCCGAUCACUUUUCUAAUGCUACCGGGGACUCAGUAACGUACAAAUGCUUACCGGGAUACUUCAUCAACGGCAACGCCAGUAACCCUGUCGGCCAGAGGUAUUGGUGCGUGGGUAACGCAGGGAACUGGCGGUACGACCACACCAUGUACCCUGAACUUCAAGACUGCUAUAUAGCUCCAGCCUGCCAGUCGCUGGUGGACACGGAGCUUCAGAAACUCACUGCCGCCGGUAUCAACGCUACGGACGUAAUAAUGAACGACCCGGAAUACGUGAACGGCACCAUGAACUACACGUGCCCUGAUGGCAAAAAAACCAGCGAUGGCAGACGCUUCCAAUCACUACGCUGCGGAAUACAGAACCCAUACGCCGUUGAUGAAGUGCAGACUAUGAAUUUGCUUGGAGCUCCCCUCCAAACCUGCUCAUUGUGCGCGGACGCGCCUGCCAUCGAAGUAAGCAACAGCACGAACAACUUCGUGGCGACCAAGCAAUAUUUCGACGGCACCGGUGGCACCACGCAGGGCACAGUGACUGUCACCUGCAAUAGUAGCUACGAGAUGAGCUUCAAUGUCACCAGUGCGGUCAUCAAAUGCACCAGGCUUGGCUGGGACGUCAGCAAUGUUCACAACUGCUCCUUAGCAUGUACGGCUACACCCCCCAACCCGGCCCCGGGCAACAACAUGACCAUGGACCACUUCACCACCCGCACCGUGGGCACCAUCAUCAACUACACCUGCUCUGCCGGCCACUUCUACGCCAGAGAUGUCAAUAAUGCUCUGCUCUCCACUGCCAAUGUGACGUGCGACUCGUCUGGCAACUGGCAACGGAGUCCCAUGUUUAAAUUAGUGUGCACACACGGUUGUAACUGGGAAACUAUAAGCAUAAAUAAUGCUACCCUCUCGCCAACAUUUCAACCGAACCAAAACUGGUAUUCAUUAAAUGAUUCACUGGACGUCGAAUGCAACCCUGGCUACGAGUGGGCGCUCGACAAGCGCUACCAAACUAUCAACUGCACAGACAGCGGAUGGGACACUGCCCGGCUGAAGCCUUGUGUUACAGCGUGCAGCACGACGUCGUUGCCGUCCCCCGGCACAAACAUGACUCGCAGUGCCGUGACUACCAACGCACCAGGCGCUACCGUCACCUACACCUGCGCCCCUGGAUAUCUCGUCACCGUCGCUGGUGAGCCGAACACAACGCGCGCCGACGUGCAGGCAACCUGCAGCAACAACAGCACGUGGACAUUCGACUACAAUGUUGUAACCUACAAUUGUCGCCACACGUGCAGCACGGCAGCGCUGCCAGCGGCAGGCAGGCAGAUGACUCGCAGCGUCGUGGCCAACAACGCACCAGGCGCUACCGUCACCUACACCUGUACUGGUGGAUACUUCGUCACCGUAGCUGUAAAAUUUAUGUUUUCUAAAUUGACGUUUACCUACACCUGUACUGGUGGAUACCUCGUCACCGUAGCUGUGUCAGGAGAGCCGAACACAACACGGGCCGUGGUGCAGGCAACCUGCAACAACAACAGCACUUGGACGUUUGAUUACAACGUCGUAAACUACGACUGUCGUCACACUUGCGAGAUCAACGACGUCAACAUCACGAACGCCGUCUCUGACUUCAACAAGUCCGCGUCGUACUCAGACACGGGUGGAUCGAAGCUCAACGUCAGCUGUAUUGAUGGCUACGAGUGGAAGUUCAAAGAGCGAGUGCAACAAGUUCCUUGCACCUUGGACGGUUGGGACUCGACUAACUUCUCUCCGUGUUAUCAAGCGUGCACUGAGAAUCCCCCAACAGCUGGGGAAGAUAUGGACGAUCCGGCCUUCACUAACGAUUCCAUCGGCGCCAUCUUGCUGUACAAGUGCCAGCCUAACUACUACAUAAACUAUACCUACAUGUUGGUGCCUACCAACACUAGCAGCGGCAGCAACGGCAGCCUGACGCAGUUUGUUUCUGUGCCCAUAUUUCCGCUCAAAAAAACAAUGGAACUCACGUGCUCACCAGACGGCAACUGGACCAAGCAAUACCCCGACGCUGACAUCAGAUGUUAUCACCCUUGCAUGAUAAAACUACCGACAUUGGUCAACUCCUGGUCAGACUUCAACUCGUCCAAGAACUACUCCGAUGCCAACAAUCAAACUCUCUCUGUCGAGUGCCUACCUGGAUACGAGUUCGCCUUCAACAAGACCAAGCAAGUUCUGACCUGCGCGGCGUCUAAGUGGGACGACAGAAAACUCUUGCCUUGCUACAAAGUGUGUCUGGAUCCAAUUCGGGAAGCUGGAGAAGAAAUGACAGUGGGGAACGUUACAGCAAAUUCCGUCAACACCACCAUGACUUACGCGUGUACGAAGGGACAUCACCUGAACACUACUAAGGAGUUCCCUGAGCCAGCGACGGCCGCUAAUGUCACGUGUCGUGAUGAUGGCAACUGGACCUACGACCGUGACGACCUACAGUGCGUUACGAUUUGCACGGGCGAGCCUCCCGAGCCCAUAGGCAUCGCAAUGACUGACUGGAAUAACUACACCCGCAUUAAUGGGACAUCGAUAAUGUACACUUGUCCUGGCAAUGGAAUUUUCGGUAACAUGAAAUCAACUUUUGAAAGUAUCUGUGACAACGGAACGUGGACUUCAUUCUCGGAAGAUUUCAGAACCUGCGGCUUGCUCUGCACCAGCAGCCCACCAACAAACAUAAGCAACACCAUCCCAGUGAACAACACCGGCUUCAGAGAGUACGACAAAAUACGCUACAACUGCCCCCCUAACACCGCCAGCUUGCUGGGUGAACGGUACAUAGAACUGCAGUGUCAGCCCGGCUCAGGCUGGAACGUAACCUCCUCCACUAACGAAACCAUCGAGCAAAUCUCAAGCAGAUUCACAUGUUUUGAUUCAUGCCCGGGACCCGCAGUUGCGCCCAACACCAACUGGCAGAGCAACUGGACUUCAGAGUUCGUGAAUGGGACGGUGAUCUACUACACUUGCCCCAACACCUCCUACCUCACCUCGGGGAACGACCAUCAGCUCAUCAACACCUGCAGCAACAACUCCUGGACCUUCCUUGGAAUUCCAUACUGCAUGAGUAAGUACUUGCAUUUGCCAUUCCUUAAGCAAUAUAUGCAUGAAAUUAAAUAGAUUUUAGUUGCAAAAGAACCAUACGGUCCUUUCCAACUAAAAUAUAUUUAAUUUAAUUUCGAAAGAACCAUACGGUUCUUUUCACCAAAACUCAUACGGGUUUUGGUGAUUUAUUUGUCUCUCAACCACUAUAAUUGUCAGAACAGACUAGGAAGUAAAAAAAUACGUUACAAACGACCUUCUUCUCAAAAUUGCUUUUUACACAUCAAGUCUGAGAAAUUGAUCUCUACAAAUACCUUGCUAAAGUCUGUGAGUUUUUCAAAUUGUUGUUCAAAAAAAUACCAUUUAUGCAUUAUCAUCAUUAAUCACAAAAUAUUUAUUGCAUGUACAAACAAAUUAAUGUGAAAUUUUCAAACAUCAAAUCUGUAGUUAAUCGACAUAGGUCCCAACUCAUCUUUCGAUCGAUUUAUUGUUCUGCACCUUUGUCAAAGUGGCAAAGUAAGUUUAAUGACAUGCAUGGGGAGUCCAUUUAUUACUAACGGUCCGAGUUAUUCAGCAUUUGAAUUCAUUUAAAAACUGAAUGCAACAUUCCUGUUAUGUUCGACUCUGUUAAAUCUUAUCGUUUUGCAAUAUUUUUGACAAUAAUUUGAGUUUUUUCAUUGAUUCCUUCUUACCAAAUUUUUUCCCUGAAUUAAGGUGUAAUGAAUUAAUGUCUAAUCUCUUCAUUUAUAAUAACACAUUCUCUUCCUGUUCCAGCUAAGAUCUCUACAAGUAUAUGCAUUUCUGGAUUAUACUAAUUUAUUUCAUCAAUCAACACUUCUCAGAGUUUACAAGGAAAGAUAACGUCAUGUACCAUCAUGUCAUCACAAUGUCAUUGAAGGGAUUAAAACCUAAAUAUCAUGAUAAACGGGUAAAAAACGCCAAAAUCUAUCUAUAAUGGCGAGAGUGUAAGAACUAUAAGUGUUAUUAUUAGAAGGUUCUCACUUAAAAAUGUGCAGCGAUUCCAAGAUCCUUAAAUAUUGUGGAUGGAAGGUAGAGCAAAUUUUUAUAGCCGCGGUGCAUCAAUGUUUGGAUCUCAUUCAAUUUCAAACGAAAUUAGCAGACAAUGAAGUAGCUCGUCAUAUAACGAGUUACUAUACACAAGCCAAUAAACGAGCUGACCACUAGAUAUUGUGUGCAUAUUGUCAACAGUAAACUGGCUUUUCGCAAGAAAUUUGGAUACCGUUACCAAAAAAGUAGAAAUCGAAAAAUUUUCAGGCAGUAAAAAUUUCUUGCAAUCGAGAAUAAUUUCCAGAUUUCAAGUUCCACUUCUGAUGCCUUAGAUUUCAGGAUGUUUCAAUCUCUGCGCAUUUUAAAACUGAAACCUUAGAUUAACCAUGCAUACACGUAUUAUUUUGUUGAAAUUAUCAAUCCAUGACAUUUCGCGUCAUCAUCAGCCCAGUUAUCUGGAUGUUUAGGUUAUAAUCACUUCUGUGUGAAUUUGGUCGUUCUAAUGGUCAUAUUUGUAUUGAUGAAAUGUUAAAGUGAUAAUGGUGCUGGUCUCCGGGAAAGUUUUCAUUAAAUUAUGUUUAACUAUUUAGCAUUAUCGUUGUUCUUAUUUAAUUUUCGUGUUAAGUUAACUAUUGAUCUAAAUGAGUUCUGUGUAUUGAUCGUAAUGCUUCCUCAUUUUUCAGCAAGUUCCAUUGUCAAGCUUUAACGGCCGGAAGCCAAAUUUUCUAGAUAAUUUGUCUCUUUCUUUUAACGCUUUUCUUCAACAUACAUCAAAUGACACUCAAUUAAUUCAAAAUUCAUACGGUGUCCGUGCCAUACGAAAUGCUCACUGUACUCGUAGUUAGUACGAGUAACUCUAUUGCUAGGAGCUCAAUUGCAUUCUUUGAUGUUAUUGGGCGAUAUAUUGUUUCCUGACACUACAAUGAGGCACAAUAUACAAUAAGGCCUAUCCAGGCUACAAUAAGGCCUAUCCAGGCCUAUUCUUUAAAUGCCGAAGAUACUAUACAAUAUAAGCGCAAUACGAACUGACAUGCACAGUAUACACUGACACAACAAUAAGAUCCGAUGACACGCACACAAUGACACUCACACAAUAAUAAAGUUCAUGUGUUUUAUAAUAAAUUUUUCUUAUGUUCGUGUGCGUGGUGACGCCUGGCAAGAGUGUGAAUGACAUGUUGGUGGUGGUUCGUGAUGAACGAGGAAAAAUAUUAUUGUUGCAGCGAUUGUUUGAUCUGUGAGACGGAUGAGACUUGGAUUUAUUUUAGUGAUAUGAUGAGCAUGUUCCCUAAGUUCAUAUUUAUAAUAACGUGUUAUGAAAAUAAAUAUAGCAAGAAAAUUAUUUUUUUACUUUCAUUGUACUAUUCCUUGAUUCGAGGCCAAUUCGUU